AUGGCCUCGAUUCCGACAACUCACAUUUCUUCGAAGAAGAAGAAAAAACAAAGUGCGCUCGUCCGCCUGCGCCAGCCCUUAUGGGCGGCUUUGGCCAGCACAAAGAUUGUCAUGAUCAAGGAGUAUGAACUGUCGCAGGCGGCGUCCGAGUCCGCUGGAGCGGAGGCAACCGAUGUAGAUAACCUCGGAAAUGCUCCCUUUUACGCACAACCAGGUCAGAUUUGGGUGUGUUAUGUUGGACACGACGAAGUAUGCUUCAGUACCAGCGCCUUUCCCAGUGAAGACAAAGAUCAAGAGAUGUCUGGUGCACUGGCACAGUCAAACUCAUUUUUCAUUGACACCACUAAACCAUUUUAUGUUCGCAUAAAUAACGCCACGUGGCAGCCGACACGCAUUAUUCCUAUCGUUGAGGGCCAGGGUGAGAAUCCGACGGACCCAGCAGACGACACCAAGUGGGAUCUUUCAAAUGGCACCACAACCCGCUGGACUGGUGAUAUUUAUGGCCUCACCCCUCUCUCUAGUUACGAGUGCGAAUUCGUCAGUACUCGUUCUGGCGAAGUACUUUUCAGCACCAGCGUCAGGACUGCUGCCGCCCCUUCUAAAAGUACGGCUAUUGCGGCUGCAAAACCAGCGCCGCCAAGUCGACUGCGCCCACACGAGUCACCUGCCACGACUAUCAAAGCAUCUAUUACGACCCAGGAAGCCAAGCUAAACGAUGAGAAAACAAGGUUCAAGACACUUCGAAAGGACAACAAUCGCCGUGCCAAUGCGCUGAAAAAGGAAAUUGACCGAUUGACUGCCUCCGUUCAGUCUGCAGGCGGAAAUGAUGACAAAUUUAAACAAAAAAUUACUCAAAAUUCAGUUCAACAGAAACAGGCGGAACAAGCAAUUGAGGUCAUUGAGGCUGAGCUCAAGGACAUUAGCACCGUUCCUGAAGAAAUCCUCGGCCAAUACCGUAACAAGAAAAGCGAAUGGGACCGUGAAAAGGCUCAGUUCGACGGCGUCAUGGCGUCAUUUAAAAGCUUCAAGAGCUCCGUUGACAGCGAGAUACAGUCGCUGGAAGACGACAAUGCCACUUUCCAAGCCAAGCGAAACAAGAUAGCUUCUCGCAUCGCCAAGGCCGACAGUGAGCAUGCGCAAAUCAUGGAUGCCAACGCCCGUGGCCUUGACGAGGCCGAGCGCCGUCGCCAGGAGCGCGUCAAUAUCGAGACUGAGAUUGCGAGGUCUCACCAGAGUUACGUGGAACGCCUUGUCGCUGCGCAGAGUGCGAACGAGGAGAAGCGAGCGGCCUUACGAGAACCGAUAUGCCGUCGGAACUGCCCAUAUACUUCAGGCUACGAAUAG